AGCCAAGUCAGACAUCAUGCCUCUGUUAAAAGACAAUUCAGAGAUUGCAUGCUUUCAUGUGCGCGAUCGGGUCGAUUGUGGGAAGUUAGUUGCUUCAAAAACCAAUCUUUGGGCAAAAUGGUGUGCGUGUGCGUGCGCGCGUGUGAGGAAGGGAUGUCCAUGUGUAUGAUGUGGCUCUUUGCAGGAACACAGUAAAAAAAAUGGCUCUUAGUCUCUGACUGGUUGGCCACCCCUGCUGAAUUGUAUAAAGCACACAAAAUUUUCCAUUAAAUGUUUAUUUUUUUGUUACAAACCUCAACAUAACAUUAUUAUGGUCUGUUAUGGAUACAUACAGUAUUUUCUAUAUUUAUAAUAAAUCUUCCAUAUUUUAGGCUUAUUGUCAUGUGACGAGAAAAAAACGUUUUUUAAUUUAGCUGUGUAACAAACGUGACGCGUAUGCGGAACUAUUUGCUCUUCCCAUGCGGACUUAUUAGUUUGCUGCACAUCAUUGUGUGUCACGGCCAAAUGUUUCCUGAAAACACAGACAAACCUCUCGUCUUGUAGACGCUAAACUCUUAUCUCCAAAACUCGUCGAUAUUUAUGUUGUUUUGAUGAUGGACAAGCACGACGAUGUCUUUUAUCGGGAGCUCCCAAAAGUGGAGCUGCACGCUCAUCUCAACGGCUCAGUGAGCUUCCAAACCAUGGAGAAGCUCAUUAAGCGAAAGCCACAUCUUAAUAUUGAACACCACAUGACGGCCAUCGAGAAAGGCCAGCAGAGAACGUUGAAUGAGUGCUUUCAGGUGUUCAAGGUCAUUCAUCAGUUGGUGGACACGGAGGAGGACAUCCUGAUGGUGGCUACAGAUGUCAUCAAGGAGUUUGCUGCUGACGGUGUCAAAUAUUUAGAACUUAGGAGUACACCGAGAGAGGAGAAGAAAACAGGGUUGACCAAAAACAGUUACGUGGACACCAUCAUAAAAGCCAUCCAGCAGUGUAAAGAGGAGGAGGUGGACAUUGAUGUUAGGUUCCUAGUUGCCAUUGAUCGCAGGAAUGGGACUGAGGUUGCCAUGGAAACGGUGAAACUGGCCGAAGAGUACAUGCUUUCUGCUGAUGGGCUGGUGGUUGGACUUGAUCUCAGUGGGGAUCCGAGGGUGGGUCAUGGUAAAGACCUGCUUCCCGCCUUACAGCGAGCCAGGAACAGCGGACUGAAGUUGUCACUGCACCUCUCUGAAGUGCCGUCUCAGUUGGAGGAAUCUGAGUUGCUGCUCAAUCUGCCGCCGGAUCGCAUCGGGCAUGGCACCUUCCUGCACCCUGACGUCGGCGGAUCGCAGAGCCUCGUUGACAAAGUGGUGAAGAAUAACAUCCCUUUGGAGCUUUGCUUGACAUCAAACGUCAAAGGACAAAGUGUCCCGUGUUAUUCCAAGCACCAUUUCAAGUAUUGGUACCAGUUGGGCCACCCGAGUGUCAUUUGUACUGAUGAUAAGGGCGUGUUCAGUACAGACUUGUCCCAAGAAUACCAGCUGGCAGCGUCCACGUUCGGUCUGGAUCACGAGGCCGUGUGGACGCUUUCGUGGCAGGCCAUCGACUUCAUCUUCGCAGCAGACGGCAUCAAGCAACAGCUGAAGCACAAGUGGGGACAACUACAGCCGCAUGUGCUCAAAUGACAGCCCCGGCCCAGCGUUGGCCAAAUGCUUACCUCACUUUAUAGAAAAGGGAAAACGACUAACUUUUUACAUCUUCUAAAAUAUUUUGUAACAAUCAGAACAUUAUAAAAAGUGAAAACACUUGAUACCGUUGUGUUCGAUCCUCCUGCUUUGAGAUGCACAAUUUGAAUAAGUGAUGAGACACUGUAGACAUACUGAUAUAUUUGUAUCUAUAUAUAUGGCACACAAAUUCUUGUGAUUAAAAAAAAGUCAAAUGCU